AUGGUGCAAUCUAAAAUCGCAUCUUUUCUGAGGGCCACCACACCGGACUUCCGGCCUACAUUCACCGUAUUUCGAGUGUUUAUGCUCAUCUGUGGAGUGAACUUUUUUGACGAUGAUUUCAUGAUUGGAUCGUUUAAUAUGGUUCGCUUUCUUGGACCUUACUUGGCCGGCUACGGAACGGUGCUGGCUUGCUUGAUUCACUUGGUGCGAUACUAUGGCGAUGUGGAUUCUACCAUCCUCAGCCUAUCGGCGCUUUUCUCGGCCUUGGAAGUUCUGAUCAAGAUCGGUGGAAUGGCUGUGAGACGCCGAAAGGGUGCCGAGCUUAUCGAUACUAUUCUGAACGAUCACAGCUACUUAGAGGGGGAUAUCGAGAAAAACGCUUUCCUGAAAUAUCACACCUUGGCUAGAACUCUGAUGUACAUCACGAUCGUAUCGUAUCCUUUCACGGCUUUGAUGCUACUUUCCUAUCCGGCAAUUGCUGGGAAGCUGGACGAGUACAUGCUACCGGUGGGUUAUUCGAUCCCGUUCAUCAGUCACAAGCAGCAUCCGUGGUAUCUGAUAGACUAUUCCAUCAUCAUCGUUCAAAUGAGCUGGUGUGCGCUGGCCUUUGUCGGAAUCGAUGGUCCUUUCUACAUUUACGUUUCCUACUCGACUUGUAAGAUGGAAAUCCUUAAAAGUUACAUCGAGAAAAUCGGUCAAUCGGAAAACGUCGAAGAGCAGCAGGAUCUGUUACGGAAGAUUAUCGGAAUGCACAAUCACGUGUUGCAAUUUUUGAGGGAUUGUUCGGAUUACUACAAGGAAAUCUACCUCACGCAAGUGAUGUUUUCAAUUUGUCACAUUUGUGUGUCUCUUUUCCAUAUUCAGCUGAAACUGAAAAACAGCUCCUACGGUAUGUUGAUCACUAAUGUUGCUAAAAUGUGGCUCUUCUGCUACUGCGGCGAGCUGGUGGUCACGAAGUCGAACGAAGUUUCUCAAGCCAUGUAUGCCGGAAACAGCUGGUAUGCCAUGUGGCGCAAACCGGACCUGAAGGCGGUCCAGUUCAUGUUGGCCAACUCGCAGCUGAAUGUGGGAUUUUCAAUCGGCGGAAUCGAGUUUCUGUCGUACGAAAUGUUUACGCAGGUCAUGAAAACGGCCUACAGUGCCAAUGCUUUCCUGCAUAAAAUGAUGAAUUAA